AUGGCAGGAGUCAUAUCAACGUCGGCAUCCCUGCGAGUACCAAAUGCAGAACUUUUCGAUCAUUCACUUCGUUGCAUAGCGCGACCUCAAUUAACCAUAGCAAUACCAAGGCCGUUCUUGAUCAGCCCAGUUGCUUUCCUUCGGCGCCAUCCUGGCUGCGAUUUCGUGAGGCGGCGCGUGUCUCGCAAGCGGCCGAGUCUCUUCCGGCGCGUGCGGAAACGCAGCGAAAGCGCGGGCGGUAUAAAGGCGGGCGGCGCCGGCGACAGGGCACUCGCUCAGCCGCCCCGCGCAGCUCCAGCCGCUCCACCCGCAGCCAUGCAGUCCGCACAGCUCCUGGCCGUUUGCGCCCUGGCCGCCGCGGCGGCGGUGGCGCGCGCGGGCGUCAUCGGCAGCGUCGACGGCCACGCCCUCCUCGCGGGCGACUACGGAGGCAUCGAGCAGGGCGGCUACGAGGGCGCCUACGCCCACGGAUACGCCGGCGACUACUACGCCCACCCGUCGUACAAGUUCGAGUACGCGGUGCACGACCCGCACACGGGCGACGUGAAGAGCCAGAGCGAGCACCGAGAGGGCGGCGUGGUGAAGGGCCACUACAGCCUGGUGGAGCCCGACGGCAGCGUGCGCACCGUCGAGUACACCGCCGACCCGCACAACGGCUUCAACGCCGUCGUCAAGAAGUCGGGCCACGCGCUGCACCCGGCCGCGCCCGCGCCUGCCCCGGCCCACGCCUCGCACGUCUACGCCUACGGCCACGCCUACGGACACGACUUCGACCUCCGCCGCUGA